GGUCUAUACAGUCGAUGGUAUAGUAAAUGUAUGCGGAUCCCACUUCAAAAUGAUUACGGGCGGGCCGUAAACUCUGCGAACGUCAGUGUGUUGGAUAGGCGAGUCUCUGCCUACCAUCAUAGCACGUUUUUGUUGCAAUUCAACAGAGGCAAAGGUCAACAACGUAUGAUGUUGUUCCCAUGACUGCGCCGCACAUGCUGGAUGUGUUCAAAUAUUGGAAUUUCCCGAGGAUGGCCAAGCGAUCGGUCGCUGGUUAUGACAACUUCUCACAUCAAUUACCUACUAAGGAAAUACAAUACGUACCACGCUGAGUCUGCGAUUCACAGCUCACAGUAUGGCUCUUCGACAGACGGUCGAUGCGCUUCUUUCCGUCGCUCUCAUCGUUGGUCUCGCCUUCGCCAAUGCCUCAUCUACUCCGUCAGCAAUUUUCAAUGCACCUACCGUACGAAGAAUCCCGAACAAAAGUGCAUGCCCGGCACGUUGCAGCUCUACCGGACCCUUUUCAGGCAAUUGGUCAGUCUACCAUAGCAUCGGCCAGUUUGAAUCUUGUGACGAAACCGUCUUCUACGACUUUGCUUUAAUUGACCGCGUCGAUGAUGCUUCAACCAAUCACCGUAUUUAUGCUUGUACCUCUCUCGGACAAGACUGGACCAAUCCGCCGGCCACUGUUAAGCACAGGGCAACGUCAUCCGCAGGUGUCACCACAAAUGUCACUUAUUCGAUCGGAUACUGGAACGGUACUUCUGGAGCGUCCAACAUCGCGGGUGCUAAAGCCAUCACACCUCAGCUUCGCCAAUUCCUCUUGAACGGUUUUGCGCCUACAAAAGGUCCAGCAAUUCUGCUGGCGUCAGCUGGCGUCAGCACCUUUGGUCUUUAUGUCGGCGAGGGCCUCCAGAAUCACGCCGUUGGCAAGUUUGCGUUGCAAGCUUUCGAGAAUGUGCUCUCGUCCGUCGAGUCCCACAAUGCUGCUAGUCUAGCGAUGCAAUACUGCCCACCCGGACAAACAGCUGAUCAUGUCUUCGGCUUCAUCGCUGUAGCCGACAAAAGCUUUGCAAAAGUGCAGGAUGCCCUCACAUCUUGGUCCAGCGGAGUGUGUCUGCCUUUGCCAAAGUCUGAAGAUAUCACUGGUCUGGCAACAUUUACCACUCCUCUUCUCAAGCAAAUACCUACAAGAAGCAACUUCACAUCGACCAGCGCAGCCAGUGCAAUCAGCCACGUGUGGCACAAUAGCAGUGCGACCGCUGGUAGUAAGCCGAUACUCAGCGGCGGCUCCGUUUUGAAACCAAAAUCGUGCUUGCACAGCAGCAUCAUCUCAAGCAAAACUCUUGACAUUAUACCUGUGGUCACUUCAAGCAGGAUUACGCCUACCCGCAGUCGCCUUGAUCAGACCGUGCAAAGCCCUUUGGUCUCACGCAGCUCGAAUACAUUGCACAUCACAAACGCAUCACGCAACUCUUCUAUCGUGAGCGUCUCAAGACCUGCGGUGAGAGAGACCAAUCCGAGAAGAAAUGUGCAUGAAAUCAUGCCGCGAGCCGACUGCUCGACAACACAAGUAGUUGCGGGUGAUGGGUGUGCUUCUUUGGCGCAGAAAUGUGGUAUCAGCGGUGCAGACUUUACGAGCUACAACCCAGGCUCAAACUUCUGUGCAUCCCUUCAGCCUUCCCAACAUGUUUGCUGUUCAGCUGGAUCGCUCCCAAAUUUUGCGCCGAAACCUAACUCUGAUGGAUCAUGCGCAACAUACACAGUACAAAGCAACGACAAUUGCGCGAACAUCGCCAUCAAGUACAGUCUCAUGGUUGACCAAUUAAGCAAGCUCAACGUAAACACAUGGGGCUGGAAUGGGUGCAGUAACAUAUGGCUCGGCACGAUCAUCUGCAUUAGCACCGGCAAUCCUCCUAUGCCAGCAGCCUUGGCAGGCACCACUUGUGGUCCACAGGUACCAGGCACACAAAGACCACCACCAGGGACUGAUCUCUCUUCUCUCAAUCCCUGUUCACUGAAUGCUUGUUGCGACAUCUGGGGCCAGUGUGGAAACACUCCCGACUUUUGCACAGACACCCGUACUGGCGCGCCAGGUACGGCUGCGCCAGGCACAAACGGCUGCAUCUCGAAUUGCGGUACCGACAUCGUACGUAGCGAGCCGCCUGCUGUGCUUCGAAAGAUAGCAUUCUUCCAGGGCUACAACUUGGGCCGUGAUUGCCUGUAUCAGACGGCUGCUCAAAUCGAUGCUUCUGCAUACACACACCUCUUUUUCUCGUUUGGAACAUUAACAGACGAUUUUCAAGUUCAAGUCGGAGACGAUCUCAGCAAUUUUGAAUUCAGAGAAUUCAUGCGGACCGAGGGUCCGAUCAAGAUACUUUCGAUCGGAGGAUGGAGCUUCUCGACAGAUCCCAGCACCUACCAUAUUUUUCGAAAUGGCGUCACACCUGAAAAUCGACGCGCUAUGGCCAGCCAAAUCGCCCAAUUUAUUAAUGCGAAUGAUCUUGAUGGUGUGAAUAUCGAUUGGGAAUAUCCGGGCGCCCAAGACAUUCCUGGCAUCCCUCCAGCUAGCCUUGACGACGGCGAAAACUACCUGGCCUUCUUAGCCGAGCUGCGAUAUCAGCUGCCGACCAAGGAAAUCUCCAUUGCAGCUCCAGCAUCCUAUUGGUACCUAAAAGCUUUUCCGAUCGGAAGCAUGAGUAAGGUCCUGGACUACAUUAUCUACAUGACGUACGAUCUACAUGGCCAGUGGGAUGCGAAUAACCAGUGGUCGCAGCUUGGAUGCACUACAGGAACAUGCCUUCGCACAGAUGUGAAUCUCACAGAAACGAUGGGUGCUUUGGUUAUGAUCACUAAGGCCGGAGUUCCGUCGAAUCAGGUCGUUGUCGGUGUGACCAGCUACGGACGGUCAUUCGCAAUGGCCGAAGCGGGUUGCUACGGGCCCCAGUGCACGUACUUAGGCUCCGCCACAGAUUCAAUGGCGACCCCAGGAGUGUGCACCAAUACUGCCGGCUACAUCGCUAAUGCUGAAAUCCAACAAAUCGCCAACGAUCCAAGCCGUGUCAACUACCAUUUCGUCGACGAAGAUAGCCACAGCAACAUCCUUGUCUAUGAUCAGACUCAAUGGGUCGGUUGGAUGGAUGAUGCUGUUAAGGCAGAACGCGCUGCUGUGUAUCAAGGUCUUGCGAUGUCUGGUACAGCCGACUGGGCCACAGAUCUGCAGCGCUACAAUGAUCCACCGGAGACGUCAUCAUCUUGGAGUCAGUUCAAAGUUGUCAUCAAGUCCGGUGGCAACCCCGCCAGUCCUCAACCCCUCCAAGGUAAUUGGACCUCACUCACGUGCAAGGACCAUUCAGUUACAGGAAUUCUGGACCUCACUCCAGCUGAGCGCUGGUCACAGAUGGGCUGCGAAGAGGCCUGGCGCGAUCUUAUCAAACGCUGGAGGUCGUAUCAUGAUGAUCAAAAGGGGAAUUUCAAAUUCUCCCAGUACAUCUCCGCUUUGAUAUACGGCCCGAACAAAGCAAAUUGCGGUGAGAUAGGAUCAAACAAUUGUGACCAAACUCUGCAGUGCAAUGGCUUCAUAGCGCCCGCUGCUUACGAGAUCUGGAAUUCUGUGGUCAUGGUGAAUGAGAUAUACAGCAACUACCACUCGGCUCUGGUCGAAGCGGCAGCAACUUCAAUCGACAAUUCACUCGCUGUAUUCGAGAAAACAUUCGCACCAGUCCCACCACCCAAAGACAACAGUGGGGUCGAUCUGAUUAUAUCAAUUAUAACGUUGGGUGUCUCGGCGUUGUGUGCACCGAUGUUCAAUAUAGUGUUGAAAGAGCUACCAUAUUUUGUGUCAAAAGCGAAUCAAUUGGGCGUCAUCAAAGAUGAAACAUCCACGUUGGUCACAUUUGGCACGGCGGUGGCAAGGAAUCAGAACGGUAAAUCGGGAAUACAGCCAUGGUCAGCUGACUCACAGCAAAGUUUCAGCAUGUACUUGGGACAAGCCCUCGAUGGCUGGAGCAACAACAUCAUUCAAACACUGCGUACCUUGUUUGAUGGCAGCCCGGAUUCAAUUUCAGCAUUGUAUACUCUUGUUCAGCAGGGACAGCUCAUCUCAGGAAAUUCAGGCGAACCGUCCGCAACUAUUGACGGGUCGGAAUUGGACACGCUCAAGUCCAGCGUCGCAAGAACAUUCUAUGCCUUCGCCAUCCCGGCUUUGUGGCAAGCGGCACAUAAGGCAGCGUUUAUUCUGGACUCGGGAUAUCCCUGUGGCACUAAGGACCCAAUGGGCGAUUACAUGACCCCCGACGACAUGCGUAUUUCGUAUGGCUGUUAUGGUGGCAACUUGUACUAUCUUGCCACCCCUUUUCACGCCGAUGUCCAGUUUGUACCCCACGAGAAUCAUCUUUUUGCGGUUGAUGGGGUUUCUAGUUUUGAUGGCACAAUGUGGGGCGGUAUUACUACACAGCUCCUCAUAGAAGGCUCUGUCCGCACAUAUAUCGCCAAUGGUAACCAGAACAAUGGCCUGGCAGCAGACCCAGGAAAUUCGGAAACGAUCGCAGACCUCAUGAAUCAGGACGUUACCACACCAGGUCUGAUUCGACUACCGGUCUGCAGCUUUGCAAGAUUCUCCAUGGCCUUGGAGUUCUACGGCCCCAAUGGGAACCAUCCUGACGACUUUCCAUGUACUGUGCUCCGCAACAGCUACUGUCAUGAUGUCUCGUACUUCGACCCGGGCACCGUUGGAACGCCUCCCCUAAUUUCAGACUGCCAAGAUCUCAUCUCACACAUCAUCGGCACCGAUGGCCAAUGGACGACCACCCUUGGGAUCGACAGAGAAAUCGUCCGCUCUGGCUCUUGCCAUUUGAGUGUGCAGAACAACGGGGCCCGUGGUGACGCUUGGUAUCUCGUGGGCGCACAGGACAUCGUGGACAUCAUCAACGAAUCUAUCAAACGAUACGGAUCCAAUGGCCGAGUUGGUGCGAAGGGUAGCAUGUGGUGCACUGGCGAUGUCAAUGCAAACGGCGUGAAUUGGUGGCUUUACUGAUCUAUGAGGCAUUAGCGUGGAACAAGAUGCAUCUCCUGUGGCGAGCGUUGUGGGACAUGUUGGAAGAUUACGAUAACGACGACGAUUAGAUUGUGCACGUGGAUUUAGAAAGAAGAUUACUCUCGUCAGAUAGCUUCGAUUAUAGAAUGAUACCGCUUGGACAUCGAAGUGAGCCU